AUGAUGGAUUCUAACGUCUCACGUAACGAUACCGAUACACGAGUUCCCCUUCGAGUCCAUCAUCAUUCUGCAGAAGGUACUGGCAAUCGGUCUCUUAGUCUAGUGUCGAUGGCUCAAUCUCCUUCCUCAACGUUAUCAGCCCAUUGUUCACUCCAUGCAGCUAUGAAUAUACUUCCUGCUCUCAAUCUCUCUUCUAGGGAUGGAGUGUGUGAGGAGUCUAAUAUUAUAAACGCUGCUGGGAAUUCCUCUAUUUUACCGGAAGGAAUAACAGGUGAUCGAAUUUCUGCUGCUUUCGUUUCUGGUCGUUCAACAGAAUCAACCCCUUUAGAUUUGAUUAAUUUAUUCGAAUGCCCGAUCUGUACUGACUACGCCCUUCCGCCCAUAUUACAAUGUCAAAAGGGGCACAUCGUUUGUGCACAAUAUAACAUCAGGAAUCUUGCGAUGGAGAAACUCGCUUCCAGUCUUCUUUUUCCAUGCAAAUAUUCCACUAGUGGUUGUCCGAAGUCUUUUCACUUCACCACAAAACUAGAUCACGAAAAACUAUGUGAAUACCGACCUUAUUUGUGCCCUUGUCCUGGAACCUCGUGCAAAUGGAUCGGCCAGCUGCCCCAAGUACUUCCACAUCUCAUGCAGCAGCAUAAAAGCAUAACAACUCUUCAAGGUGCCGAUAUCGUAUUUCUUGCUACAGAUGUUAAUAUGCCUGGUACUGUAGAUUGGGUCAUGAUGCAAUCAUGCUUUGGGCAUAAUUUUCUACUUGUUUUGGAAAAGCAAGAACGAAUACCAAGUCAUAUGUUUUUCGCUCUCGUCCAGCUUAUCGGCGCAAAGAAACAAGCGGAGCAAUUCGCAUACAGGUGA